AGGCAUUCAAAACCAACUUUAUUGCCUGCAGUUGAUUCUGCUAGUGCAAAUGCCCUUGUCAGUGGAAUUCGCUGUCAAGAUAGAGCAAAUUAUUUAGUGAAAUAGGGUUUUGUUUCACAGUUUUGUACUUUUUAACAUACUAUUGCUUUUAAGACCAUGGCUGCCAAGAUUUUGCCUGUAGUCAAGUUUGCCACAAAAGUGACCAUUGCAGGAGGAGCCCUAUAUGUGGCAUAUGAUUCAGGACUUCUUGGAGGCAGCGAGCAAGGAUCUGUUGCCUUAGGCCGAGCUAAAGCAGCCAUCCCACCUGCUGUGGAGGAGUGGAUGAAGUACUUUGGCUUUGAGCUUCCUGCCACGCCCAAAAUUGAGUUCUCCCCACUGGAUGCAUGGAACUCAGGGGUCAAGAAGUCUAUCCACGCCCUAUCAGUUGCUCCUUCCACAGUUAGUGACUACACCAAACAAGGCCUGCAAUAUGUUAAAGACCAUUCAAAAUGAGCAUUUAGAUGUUGAAAAAUGUCAGCGGCUGAGAAGACUUGCACACGUCGAGAAGCGCUUCACCCUCAUAUACGUCGAACUGAAUUCCGUUAAGUUUUGAGGAACAACAAUUAGAUUUGUAAAAUUCAAAUAUGAAAAUUAUAAUGGUAUAAACCACAAUUUUCACUUUUUUUUGUGCAUGUGAUUUCAGUUACAUAAAUAACAGAAACGUAUUAAUCUUGAAGUCAUAAAGCUUCAAGAUGAACCCUAAUUUGAAGAUAAAAAUAUAAGCGUGUUCUAUAUGUAUAUUGUUAUUGAGCUCUUUUAUUUAUUUGAGAAAUCUCUUCCUGGAAAUGGUCUGUUCUGGCCUUCUGGAAUCGAAAUUCACCUUUUAUAGACACAAAUUGACUGCAACUGAGUUUUGUAUAGUUUAUAAUCCCAUGUUGCUCUGUCAGAUGUAAAAUAAAUCAUGUCAAAUAUUUUGAUGGA